CAACAAGGAAGAAAAUUGUUACACUUCUUUAAAGGAGUUCUCAGGAAACUGGGACUGAAUGGCUCAGGUUACAGGGCAGACAUAAAUAUGGAGUGCCUGCUAAGCCAAGAAUCAUUUGCCAGGAGCUCCUGGGACUCUAGAGGAAGGGAACUGCCAUGCUGCUUCCCCUUCUUUCCUUGCUGUAUCUGCUCACACAGCCCCAGGGGAACCUGGGAGCCGUAAUGAAGAGCUACCAGCCUAGAACACUGGCCAAUGCCUGCACUCUGGUCAUAUGCAGUCCUGCGGAGAAUGGCUUGCCUGGCCGCGAUGGCCGGGAUGGGAGAGAAGGCCCCCGUGGUGAGAAGGGUGAACCAGGUGUUCCUGGAGCUACAGGGCCAGCAGGGAUGCCUGGAAUAGCUGGCCCAGUUGGGCCUAAAGGGGACAAUGGCUCUGCUGGGGAGCCUGGACCAAAGGGUGAUGUUGGACCAAGUGGACCUCCAGGACUUCCAGGUGCGCCUGGUCCAGUGGGAAAAGAUGGUCCCCCUGGAAAGCAAGGAAACAUAGGACCUCAAGGCAAACCUGGCCUCAAAGGAGAGGCUGGACCCAAAGGAGAAGUAGGUGCCCCAGGCAUGCAGGGCUCCACAGGAGCAAGAGGCCCCAUGGGCGCUAAGGGGGAGAAAGGUGCCCCUGGUGAACUCGGAGCCCCUGGAAGUGCUGGGGCAGCAGGGUCUGCUGGAGCUGUGGGUCCACAAGGACCUGUGGGUGCCAGGGGACCCCCAGGACUGAAGGGCGACAGAGGUGCCCCUGGAGACAAAGGAGCCAAGGGUGAAAGUGGGCUUCCAGACAUCACUGCUCUGAAGCAGCAGGUAGAGGAUUUGAGGGGACAGUUACAGAGCCUCCAAGCUGCCUUCUCUCGCUACAAGAAAGCCGAGCUCUUCCCCAAUGGCCAGAGUGUUGGGGACAAGAUCUUCAAGACAGUGGGCUCUGAAAAGACUUUUGAAGGGGCGCAAGAGAUGUGCAGUAAGGCUGGUGGACAGGUGGCCUCCCCACGCUCUGCGGCAGAGAAUGCUGCUUUACAGGAGCUGAUCACAGCACAGAACAAGGCUGCUUUCCUGGGCAUGACAGACAGCAAGAAAGAGGGCACAUUUGUCUACCCCUCAGGGGAGCCCCUGGUCUAUUCCAACUGGGUCUCUGGGGAGCCCAACAAUGCUGGUGGGGUAGAGAAUUGUGUGGAGAUGUUUACCAAUGGCAAGUGGAAUGACAAGAAUUGUGGAGAGCAACGCCUCGUGGUCUGCGAGUUCUGAGCCUCCCACCCCUGAGAGAGGUGCCAACAUCCCAGUGAAAAGGUGAUCUAUGCCUGUGAAAAGCAUUGGAAAGGAAUGCUGCAGAUGCCUCUCGGAGCAAAUGCAAGAUGCCUUCCCACAAUGAAGCCCAGCAAAGAAGGCGUCAUCCAGUUCUCCCAGUUGCAAGUAAUAAAAGUCGGUUUCCAUUACCCCA